UUGAUAGCUUGAUAGCUUCAUCUCUGGUGCCCAUGAUGAACAUAUGCGAAGUCUCAGAUGUUUGGGUGUGCAAGCUUUGGCGCUGGCUGCCGCAGAACAGGAGUGGAUAGUCACAGCUGGCAUCCCAGUCAGUUUGCAGCUGUUGACAAAUCUCACCACAAGGAUCAAACUUCUUGCCUCAAAUUCCACUUGCGAGACUGGUGGUCCGUGGAUCAGAUCUGUUCUUGUGGGCUGCAACCUUCAAUGCGUCGAGGCGUUCGACAACACAACGGUGGCAUUGCACCCUCUCUCGCAUGAUUCAGGCUACCCUACAUGCAAUGUCAGCGUCAUCGCAGUCCACACACUCAACGCAUCAUUGGUGGAGGUUGAAUUUGACGGCUCGCCAGAUUUGCUGUCAGGAGACAGGAUCCUGUUGGGCAGCGAAGUUCUUUGCGGAGCAAAUUGUCAGCAAGCAGAGCUCACAGCCCUAAGGGGCGUGGCGACUGGAGGAAAUGCAAUUGAGCCCACUUCUGAUAGCAGGCGUUUCAAGAUGUACAUCGAUCCGCCGUUUGGACAAGGACAGCUGCCUGCUUUCUUGGCCUUUGCAGUCUCCUGGGUCUCUAAAAGUCGUGCUCGAACUGCGGAAGAACUCUACUCUGCACUUCCCCAGGAUGGGGUGCAGGUGUGCUUGGAAAUCAACGGAGGCAGCUUCAUACAAGCAGGACGCCUUACCUUUACAGCGCCACCCGAGAUGCCUGUUGCAUGUUUAAGUCCCACCAGCACAGUGAUUGGAGCAGCAUCUCCGGUGGUAGUGACAUUCAGGCUUCCAGCAUUGCCAGAUGUCAGAGUUGAGGCAACAAGGCUGACUUUGCAUUUCAACUUGAGCCAACUUGAACCUCUUCAAGCAGAUGGAGCACAGCUAGAAGCGCGAUGGAGGUCUGGUGAUGAAUCCCAGGCUCUGUGUGGCAGGCUUUUCCGCGAACUCUGGGCCAAUGGCAGUGGCUUUCCCACUCCUAGGGGCUGCAGCUGCUUCAAUUCCAGCGCCACAAUGCGAAUGCAAAUGCAUUUUGAUGCUGGGAGCGCACCAGACGAGCAAAACAUCUACCACAUUGUUCUGACAGUUGUUGCAGGAACAAGCUUGGACCAAGCUGCUCUUCAACUUUGGUUUGCGGGAUUCAACCCAUAUUUCCUCUAUGCUUCUGGAAAUCCAGAUCUCAGCCGGCCAUUUCAAGCUGGAGCAGGACCCGGUGACCCACACCUUUCGGAUGUUCAGGUGCUUGGAGGCUCAAACGGCCUGCUCCCAUUGGAAAGUGGGGAUCUGCAGUUGCAAAUUGCCGGAGAGAAUGACCGGCCAAUUUCUGGUGGAGCACAGUUUCGCAUGUUUCUCAGUCCAAUCACUGCUUGGGCCACAUCUGGCAGCUGUGAAUCAACAAUGCACCUCAACUCCAGCCAACGGCGAGCUUUGUGCAAGGUACUGGCGGUGGUGCCUUCAAUGGGGUUCUACAGCAUGCUUGAGUUCGAACUGCCAGUCGACCUUGGGCAAAUAUCGUGGGAGUCAAGGUUAGAACUGGGUAUCGGUGUGGAGCUGCCUGCAGGCAGCUUCUUCGCAGAGCGUCUUGCUCUCGAAGUCAGCCAGCCAGACUUCUCCAAGCCUCAUUAUGUUGAGUCUUCGAAUUUUCUGUCAUGGCUCCCGGAUUCUUCUGCAACCGCGCAGAUAGUCACGGAGCAAAACACUGGAAAUCUGGCACCGUUCAGUAAAGCGCAGAAUCAGCUCUACAUUCACCUGGCUUUGGCGGCAACACUUCGGUCAGCUUUGGAAGCUCCUGGAGGGGCGACUUUCUCGGUGAUGGCGCCUGCGGGCUACUCUUUGCUUGGAGCAGAGUCUUCAAGCAGAAUGUUGGACGACUUCAGGUGGUCCUGCACAGGUCGCCAGUGCACCUAUACCUUGCCACCAUUUGCAGCAUUGUGGGCAGGAUCUGCCGCCAUAUUCAGGCUGAAUGUCAUCAACCCUGCAUGGGCGUUGCAGCGCUGUGACUCGCAGAACGUUUGGAGGCUGUCAAUGUGGGCCAGUGGUUAUCAUUCGGCAAGCAUGGAGACUGAAUACGACUUCAAAGGCUUUGAUUGUGUGGGCCAAGGUGUGACUCUGCUGGGCAGAUUGAGCACUCACAUUUACCCGACCCGCCUCACCAUUUCACCUGCAGUGGGUGACCGUGUCAUCAACACUUUGCAGGUGUUCUUCACUACAGAGCAGGCCGUGGAAGCUCCAGCCAAGCUGAAGUUGGAAGCACAUCAAGACUUUGAGCUUUUGGCAGGGUCUUGCUCAGACCUACCUGCUGCAUACUAUGCUGCCGAUGGUCUGGGGACCAGCACUUGGAGGCUACCCAACAUUACGAGCUGCCAAGCACAUGACAGGUAUGCUCUUGCCUCAACCGACCAUGCACUCAGAGCUGGCCAGCCUUACGGCUUCCAGAUUCAGGUUUUGAAUCCGCAGCACUACAACUCUUCUCAACGACAGUUUUGGGCCCUGACAUCGUUCACUGACAUUGGGGAGGAGGUGGACAAAGCAUCCAGUGGGCUUGCAACGGGACUCUACCAGGAGCAGAUGAGAGUUGUGAACAUUGAUGAAGAUGAUGGCCUCGGAAGUGCAUUGGGCCUGCAGGUGAUCGACGGCUUUCCUUUUGCGGCGUUUGGACAGGAGGCACAAGUUGUUAUGUUGCUCAGAUCUUCAGCAGAGCUGUUUGCAGCACUCAGGAUCACCGCACCGACAGGCUACCAGUGGAUGCUGGCCCAGGGGACAGCCGCAGCUGAGCAGUUGCCAGGUGGCGCACCAACAAAAUCAGCGAGUGUGCUCUUGUGGCCUCACGCAAGGUAUAUUGCAAGCAAGACCUAUGAGUUUACUUCCGACAUUCGGCUGCCAGAGGCUGCACCCUUGAUGUCAACCGCUUUCUUCGUUGAGUUCGGAUAUGAUCAAGCAUCAGUGGCUGCAGGUGCACGGUUUCUCGCUGGUCGCGUUGAUGCUCCUCCAAUCAGAGCGUUGAAGAACACCAAAGUGGAACCCUGGUCCAAGCUUCGCGGCGAGCAGACCAGACUCGUUCUCCAGGUCGAGGUGGUGACACCAAUUCCCAGUGCCGGAGCUUUGGUGCUUCGCAGCCCUUCGGGAUUCAACUUCAUAGCUCCAUGUUUCCUGGAGGAGGUGAAAGGAUCGCUUGACAUGGAGAAUCACUUGAUGUUUACACCUUUGCCCAAGACCACUUCCUGCAGCACAAGGCCGUUCCCAGAAAAGUUAUCAAAGGCAGAACGAGGUGCUCAGCAGGCAGACUUGGUCAUCCAAGCCGGCCUUGAUGGAAUUGGUCCUGGCGUCUACCUGUUUGAGGUCGCAGCAAUCAACGGUGAAACUACGCUGCCGACAAAAGUGGAGGGAAGCCUUCGAUCCUGGUGCGCGCAAAGCUUGCAAUGCUGGACCUUUCUCAGCAUAGCCAACGCACGCGGGGAAUCCUUCGGUGAGUUGGAUGCCAGAAGCUUUGUGCCCGGCUAUGGCCUCAAAAGCCGGAUGCCAGAGGCUGUUCUGGUUCCGGCUCCCGGGCGUAGCGACAGGCCCCUGACAAGGAACCGCUUGACCUUUGGCUUCAGUUUGGACAAAGAGUUCAGAGGCAACACUGACAAAGGUUUGUUUCUUCGCGGUCCUGUGGGCUUUCAUAUCAAGGAGGAUUGUUUGGUGAGUGCGGCAAAUUUGGAGUUGGAGCCCAAUGGCUUUUGGGCAGGUGCACCUGUGCACAGCUGUCAGGCUUCCGGAAACACUGCAGCACUGACAACAGCUUCUGCUUUGAAGGUACAGUUUCGGUAUGCCUUCGCAGUGGAGGUGCAGCAGAAUCCUCCUGCCACCCCCAUGCAAAACUUUUGGUGCUUGGAGACUUCAACAGAAUCCUCUUUGCCCUUUUCCGGCUUUGACAUUCAAGCAUUUACUGCGAUGGUGGUCAUGCCACUGACUCGUGCUGCAGGUGGUCUUUGGCCGCAUGGCGCUGGUUCCAAUUUGGUGAACGUAUCUUUUCGCCCCCAGACCACUCAGAGCAGUGCAGGAGCGAUCGUGAUCACUGCCCCCUUGAACUUCAUCCUCCAGCACAAUACUGGGUGUGGUGCAUUUUAUCAGGUGGGUCAGGCUGGUACUUCCGGGUCCGAUGUUUGUGCUGCUGCAUGCCAGUGCCAUUUGCAGGCAACCAAUGUCCUGGCAAUCACUUUCAACGAUGCGGUCUUGAUCAAGGGCCAGGAGUAUAUCAUGAUGCUUCGCGUGGUCGGGUCGUUGCCUCAAAGCGACAGCACAUGGAGCUUGCAGUCCUUCGAUGACACAACAUCACAGAAACCAUUGGACUUCGGGGAGGUCGCAGGGUUUGAGCUUUCUAGUGCCCUGAGCUAUCUUUCUGUUGGUGUGCUACAUCCAGAAGCCCAAAACUCGGCAGUCCUAGCCACACCGAAUCAGGAUGGUUCUGCACUGUUGGAACUGUAUUUGGUGCUGCAGCUUCCGCAUCAAGUACUAGGAGGUGAUGUUCUUGACGUUGAACUGCCCCCUUCCUACACGCUAUUGAGCAAGGACUGUGAACAGUUUCGGUGGUGGGAAGGUCUUCCAGAACAAUCUCAGCUGCAAUUCGUGGCGGUUACAUGUUUGCCUUCGGGAGUGAGAUCCAAUUUCACAGGAAGUUCAGAGGUGCUGUUGCAAGCUCAUCAAGCUAUAACGUUGAAGUUCAAUGUCCAAAAUCCACCCAGGAGUUUUGAUGAUGUCUUUUGGCACGUCAGACACUACAGGAGCUUUCUGCUCAAAGCCGCUGGUGCCUUUCGCAGUUGGAAGGUCUUCCCCCUGUUGGCGGAGGUCAGCAUUGAGAUUGCAUCCACUGCAGGAACAGGGUUGCGUGCAAAUGCCAUCAACGUUGCCUUCGUUGCAGUCGAAAGUGCCGAGCGCUUGGUGUUGAAAGCGUCGCCGGGAUUUGAUUUCCGUACAGCCAGCAGCAAGAGUGGAACGAUCCUUUUUGGUACCGAGAAUCCAAAUGUCGUAGCUCUAGACUUGAUCAUGAAGGAAGGGGAGCGCACAGAAGUUCGCCUUCUUCACAUUCAGCUUCCCGAUGCCGGCCCUGCCCACUUUGCUUUGGAGACCAUCGGAAAUGGGAAGCUCGUCGCGAGGAGACUUGACAUUCCUGUUCACGUGCCAGGCCAUCUCCUCCUGUCUGACCCGGUUCUCCUGACUGAGUAUCAAGCCAACCCUCACCAGUACCCGUUGCAAUCCAAGUGGCCAGCUCACUUCAAUGGGCAUAUAUCUUUGGAGCUGGAGGUGACCUUUCCCGCGCUGGUGGCUCCUGGGCAAUCACUUCGCCUCUCCGGCAAGCCCUUCCAAAUACAGGGUGGCUUCGAAAUGCUUUCUUUGGGAGGAGCGCCAAUGGCAACAAUUGCAAGAAAUACACCGGAUGGAGAGCUGAUAGCAGCUGUUUCUGGCGAAGGAUUGUUGCCUGCGACACCUUACAAGAUGUCGGCCAUCGGUAUUGCACCAAAUACUGCAUUGGAGAGUGUUGCAUACUGGAGUCUAGAGGUAAUCGGCACAGACGAAAAUCUGCUCGGCAUCGGCGGAGUUGAGGCUGGCAUUGACUUGGUUAGUCGGUGCAAGGUGGAAGUUGCAGCUCAAAGGAGCCCUCCACUGGCUUUGAUUGAGAUAGAAUUGCGUAUCAACUUCGAGGGCUCGAUGCCUGAUCGCUGGGUCCUCGUAGCACCCAAUGGCUUCACUUUUCCACCAGACUGCGCUACCUUGCGGUCGGAGAAUGUUAGUUGCUUUGCAGACAUGGACAAUCAGGCCUCAGCCACCGUGCAAGGACUGCAUGGGAGUAACGUGACCCUGAAUGUGGAAACUCCCACAAAGACGCCAACACCGCGCUCAUGGCUCCUGGCCGCUCUGAACCAGAAAGGCAGCAUUGUUGCGUGGUGCGAGGAUAAACUUGGCUUAUCAGUUGCACAGAUCCGAAGCGUCGCUGUGGUUUACCCCGCUGUGGCCGGAGCUUCUGCCGAACUCGCGGUGAGGUUUCUCCUCAGCGAUCCAUUGCCUGGAGGGGCCAUCGAGUUAGUGGCUCCACCAGAGAUUGAAUUGAACUGCACAGGAGAGCUUCAGCAGAUGUCGUUGCAUGUUCAAGGCUGCACCACAGAGAUGACCUCCGUGAAAUUGCUGCUUGCCUCAGAGCUCUCUGCGGGAAUCCACGCUUUCGCCCUGGAUGCUCGCAUGCCAGCAACCACCCCCUUGCAGAACAGCUUCUCACUCUUUGUCCGACGUACCGACGGCGGCAUGCAUGAAGCUGCAAGUGCUGUGCCAGGCCGUGUAUUGCAAGAAAAAAUCUUGGUGGACAGCCGCCCGCUGCAGUGGACAGCAGCUGAAGCUGGACAGGCAAGCAGCAUAGUCAUUGGUUUUCAACUCCAUCAAAGAGUGGGCAAGAACACCUUGGGCGCUGUGCUGAUCACCUUGGCAGAGAGCUUCAAACACGCACUUCGCUUUGCGGAAGACCUUGAGAUCUUGAAUUCAGCCUUGCCUAUUGCCCGCUCUCGGGAUGGAUGGGCAGAGGUUCGGAAGGUCGAUCGCAUAUGGGUCUUUUUGGAUGCUGCCCAGCCAGUUCCAGCUGGUGCAUACGAUUUCCGCUUUCCAGUGACUGUGCCGGAGGAGCUUUCAGAAUCUUUGGCGCAAAAGCUUUCGGUCCAUCAGUCGAUGUCAAAGACGUUCUUGGAGUUGUUCAGAGUCCAGCUUUGUCAAAGACACAAUUGGCAUGCUUGUUUGACCACUUGGCGCAUGCAUGCUGCAAGAUGUCAUGAGGCUUUCAAUGUUUGGCUCAUCACGAUGUGCCAGCCCAGUCUUUCCGGGCCUUGCUCAUCCUGGGAGUCACAGCAAGCCUUGAUGACGUUUCCUAUGACCGGCUUCAGCUUGACGAGAUCAAACCAAUCAUCUUUCAGUGUUGGGUCAUCUUCUCGAGCUGUCAUGGGCUUUUUGAGCCUGGCAAUUGUCGGAAGCACCCUGCUGCCGAGCCAAAGAAGCCAAGCUCUCGUGUGAGGAUCACAUCCCACUUGUUGGUGUCCUAAGAGGCUUUUAAUGCUGGUGUUCAUCGCAGUACAUCGGGCAAAGUACAUUUGUGCUGCAGAAGGAUUGAGCACUGUUGAGGCUGUGUGCCUUAUGUGUGG